GCUCGUAUAUUCAUUUCGGAAUUCUAGUAUAAGUGACCUAGGCACUCUCUGACUCCGCGCUUGUAUUUAAAUGCCCUGUAACAACAGAAAACUGUCAGAAUGAUACCUCUGAAUCUGAUUGUAGAGUAUAUUGUCAAUGACUCAAAUAGUGUUGUUGAAUAAGUUGGUAAAUAACGGAUGAUCUAGUUCCCAUUACGAUGAACUUUAUCUUUUGCGUGACAUCACCGCAGGAAUUUCCCCAACGGCGGCCGAUUGUCAUUUGUUUACCGAAAUAGCGGCAACGUCGCUUUACGAAACGAGAGAAAACAUACUUGCCGCGACGCAUAUUGAAUGGAGAUAGCCUUUUAAAAGCAUUUUGUCAUUGUCGAGUGGUGCCACGGCUGUAUUACUCCAGUGUUACGAUAUAGUUCGUGUGUAGUAGCAGUAGCAGAUGUCUGCUAAAGUGUGUGUAGCAGAGUAUCAACGCUAAACGGUAUAGGCGACUAUCGGGAAGGCAUUUCCGUCGUACAACAACAGUGAACGCGCGGUUGGCCGUAACUCGUAAUGUAACCAGUGCUGUACGGUUACAAAACUGUUUACGUGUUGUGUUUACUUUCAGUUAUUCCAACAUAAACGAAAAAGGCGUUUGUGCGUGAGUGUGACGAUUGUUUUCGCGUUGAGCAAUAGACAAACAAGCAACAGACGAAAGCAUUGCACCUUUCAUUGGACUGGAAUGUGCGCGGUUUCCUCAGGUUAACGGGUGGGUUAACGGUGUGUGCCCUUGCCUUGCUUGGCUCGUGUGUAGCGUAAGCAACGGCAUGGUGUUGUUUUGUCGCAACGCGAAUCAUUAGUUAACUAACAAACAGCAGAGAUAGCAUUAAGUGCGAAAAUUGACAGUUCGGGCGGUGGCAACUCGUCAAACCCCGCGGUGGCGCGUUUAGAUGGUGGUGGCGUGCUGGCGGCUGCUGGAGCGGUGGUGGCGACGGCAACCCAGCAAGCCCCUCCCCUUGCGCUUUGCCACGCCCACCGGCAUCACGCUAACGCACCGCAGGGCGGAGCCUCUGCACCUGGUGGGAACGUUACCAUGGCGACGACUGUUGGAGGCGGUGCCGGCAGCACGAACGCGUACACGACCAUGGCGGCGCCGGCGGCGGUGCAUCACAGUCACCACAGAGAGCAACCACAAAGAGAACAGCCCAGGCAUGGUACUGCCACUGGUGGCAGUGCUGCUGGUGGAGAUGUUGUAAAAUGUGGACUGUUGAAGAAGUUGAAGACAUCCCGGAAGAAAUGGUUCGUUCUGCGCUCGGAAACAGUCGACGCGUCCGCGCGCUUGGAGUACUACGACUCCGAGAAAAAAUGGGCGGCUGGCUUGCCUGCCAAGCGCAGCAUCCCUCUGAAGACCUGCUUCAACAUCAACCGCAAGCAAGACACGAAGCACAAGCACGUGAUCGCCCUGUAUACCAAGGCCGACUGUUUCUGCGUGGUGCUGGAAUCCGAGGAGGAGCUGGAUUCCUGGUUGAGGGCGUUGCUCGCACUCCAGCAGGGUGAUGAAGUUUCUGACGGCGAGACACCCAGGCCUACAUUUGAGCACGUGUGGCAAGUGUCUGUGCUGAGUCGAGGUCUAGGCAAUGGCAGAACGGGCAACUACAGACUGUGCCUGACCGACAAAACGCUGACCCUCAUCAAAAAGGACAGCGGCAGCUCGAGCGACGGCACUUCGGCCACGGCCGCAGGCAGUGUCAUCGACCUCAAUCUGUCAAACAUCCGCAGUUGCGGAAGUCUCAAGAACUAUUUCUAUUUGGAGAUUGGGAGGUCUAGUUUAUUAGGCGCUGGUGAGCUAUGGAUGGACUCCGAAGAUGUUAAUAUUGCCCAAAACAUCCACACUACAAUUUAUCAUGCGAUGACAACAAAUAGUAGCCGCAGUGGCGGCUCAGGAAAGGGGAUGGCAGCGAUAUCGGCUAUAGAAGGAGCGGCAAACGAAGAUUUGGCACCUAAAACAAGGAUCAGGUCGUCGUCGGCCACCGAAUCCCGUCCAAAUAACAUACCCAGGAAACAGGUGCACUCCGGUAUUCCCAAGACAUUGGCUCAUGGACUUUCCCAAGCCGGUUCCGGUUUCCACUAUACAUCCACCAAUCUCUCUUCAGCUAUCGGAGGCGGCAGCUCUCAUCCCGUGACAGGCGGUCUCAGGGAACGAUGCGACAGCAUGCCUUCGACUGGCGGACGGGCAAUUCGCUCCGCCUACGUGCAUCACAGUCCGCCCGGACAUGGCGGGGGUAGCCCGGUGUCGCCGCCCAGCGCAGCUUGUUCCACUACGGAUAGCGCGGGCAGCAGCUACAGUUUGGCGGAUGAGGCUGAUAUGUGCAUGGGGAUGUCGCAACAUCCGCAUCCGCCGCUCACGCCCGAUGAGGCUAUUGAGGAGGAGGAUUGUUGUUGCGGGGGCGGGGCUGAUCAUAUCUACGGUUACGAUGACUCAUCGGGUCACCACGCAGGCGGAUCAUACGUUCCUAUGGCAGUACCCAGUUCGGACGACGGUUACGUGGACAUGUCCCCUCGAGGAAGGGCUAUAUCGCCGGCAGCCUCCCUUGCCAGCGUCACUUCCGGCACUCCGUCCACCGACUACCGCUUCGCCGACUACCCCCUCGAUAAGGUGCACAGCUAUCUAGCAACGCAGGAGGAGGACGCGAGCAGACCUGCGAGAGCGUACUCGCUAGGCAGCCGGCCUGAGAAUGUUAGCGUUAGGAAUAGGGCCCACAACGCAUUGUCAGCCAUCUUGAACGCCGCCCUGCCUGGAGGCGGCGACAGCCUGCGUGACCGCGCAGCCAGCGUUGGCUCGAAAAGUAAACGUUGGGCAGGUGGGCGUGUCCUGUUGCAUCACGGCUGCCACCCCCCGAGCUGUUCCCAUACUGGAGGCGGCAAGUCGAAUAGCGCUCCUUUGCUGCCCAUUGCGGGGGGUGCGCCGCACGGCUCACACGGUAGCAUCGGCCCGAUGGAGGACCUCAUGGAGAUGGACUUCAGUAGGGGCGGCCGGCAUUCUUCCUCGUCGGACACCACGCCUAGCGGAUAUGUCGAGAUGAAGCCAGGUGUGGAUCCAUUGCAUAAAAAGACUCCGUCAACGUUGGAUGUAUCGCCGUACGUUGAUAUGAAACCUGCUGGUCAAACCAACAACGACUACGUGGACAUGAGUGGCACAUCACCUUCAAAAAGUCAAACUAGUACGACAGCUAGUAAUACCAGCACCAGCGGCAGGGAUUAUUCGUCUUUUGUUGAUAUCAACAGGCAGUACGGUCUGAUGUCUAAUGGCCACGAUUCGGACCACUACAUGGGAAGACAGCGAACUUUCAGUAGACCGUCUUCCUCGCCAGCUGACGAUUACCUGGACAUGGGAGGCAAUUCCAGACUACUCUCCACCAGCCCCCGUACCGGUACCUCAGUAGCCAGCGCGUCUAGCGUGCUCAGCGACUACAUGCCGCUGGGCUUCGAGGCGAGCUCCUCGAACACUUCUUCAAGGACUGCUACCGAAGGAUAUGUGGAGAUGAGCGGUACAGGUGUUGCGACUAGGGGGCACCAUCGACAGCUCAGUUUGGAUAGUCAUAUGGGCAGCGUGAUGGAAUCUUAUGCUAACAUGUCUCUUGGACAAGGCAAUAAGAAGAAACCCACCCCGACAUCUUCAUCAAACAGCACCUCAGCGAAAAAAGACAAGCACCAGCAAUCGCAACCAAUCUCUAUCUACCCUACGGCGACGUGCAUGGCCCACGUGCACUGCAAGACCAUUUCCAGUCCAAUCACCAGCCUGUGGAGCGGUUCGGGAGUGGGCCGCAAAACGUCCGCGUGCGCCCUCGGCACUGGGGGCGGCGGUACCCCUCCCAAAAUGCAUCUCCCUCUUACUUCCCCGUAUUCCAGUUUGCCCAGGCAGCGACAUCGGCGGGACAGCUCGAACGCCGCAUCGACCUCAGCGGAAACGGGCAGUGUCAGUUCCGGUUCCAGCAUCACCACACCCAGCAGUUCCAGUACGAUAUUUCCUCUUAGUCUCAACAGUCCCAGUUCUCCAAUGAAACCGGCAACGUCCGCCUCUGGCAAGACAGAAACCCCAACGGCUCUAAAGUUUCCAGCUGCUCUCCUAAAUGCUUUCUACAAGACCGGUAGCACUAGUAAAUCAACGUCCAAUGUUCCUGUUAGGCAAGCACCCAUUGCCGCUCCUGAAGACGAUUACACGUUGAUGGACUUCCAAACUAGUAGUAACGCCGUCGAACCACCAUCACAGCAACCUGUAACAAGUAGCGGUAGUAGUAGAGUAAGUGCUGAUGAAGACGACUAUAUGAUGUGUUCACCGGCCACUGUGGAAGCAGUGGUAUCUAAUGAAAAUGAGAGGAUACAACCUGAAUCUGCGCAAACCCAGCCUCAGAAAGAGGAUCGUGAGGAGAAAGAUGAAGAAACAGAGCCCCCAUACGAAGUGUUGCGAUCGAUCACUGAAGCACCCAGUUCGACCGGCAGCAAUGCUGAACCUUCGUCCGGGGGCACUCCGAAGACGGACUCCUCAGCGGAAACUCCUUCGAAACUGCACUACGCCAGCCUAGACCUGGCGCAGCAGGACGCCGAGGCUUCUUCGAGCAGCAACACGACACAACAACCCCCCAAACCCACUUACGCACAGAUAGACUUUAUUCGCACUUCCGGCGAAGACCCCAAGAAACAAAAUAACGAAAGUAGCGGGGGAAGUAGUAGUGGUGGUCAAGCCAGAACUGGUUCGUAGGUUAAACUUUCGUGUGUUAUGAAACAAGAUAGCGAUUAACGCCUCUUCAUUCAAAGUGUUGAGCUUUCGAACGGCGCACCUGCAGGGGUUGGAUUCUCGGUUGGUCCCACGUACACUAUGAGAUUCUCAUGUCCACCUGUUGUUAAAGUUUUGUUUUGGUGCUAGGCGGUAGCUCUUGAUUUUUACAAAUAGUACGUUAAUACGCGUUCAUCAGAAUGGAGAUGUCUUUACAGGUUAAAUGCGAAGAGAACACUUCGGUAGCUCUGGUCUGAAGAAUGCGACUAAUACAUUGAAAAUGUUCCAAAACUGUUACAUUUUGCGAUGGUCGAAGUUUCUUUACGAAAAAUAUAACGACGGCUUAUUCUAUCAUUGACGGGAGCAGAUAAAAAUAAUAUGACAUUAAAAAAAUACACAGACAUUAUAAAUUUUCCAGUCGUAUGUGACUGCAUGUAUUUGUUGACUAUCUGGACGUAAGAUAGUCGAAUCUCGGACCUGGUUACCUAGAAAUCAUGCGUUGCGUAGCGGGAAUACACAAAAUUACGGAUAAUUACAAAUUAUUAUUGAGUUUUUUCUGCUAGAAACAAUAUUAUUUUAUUUUGAAUUUGAAUGAGGGAUGUGGGUAACACUUCAGUUUUUCCUGGUAUCUAUUUUAAAGGCAACUUUAUGAUCAAAGUAUUAUGGAAAAUAGUUUCUAGAUUAGUAAGGCAGAAUUCGCAAGGUAUUAAUUUAAGGUUAGAAAAAUUUGAAUUUCACACUAAAUCGUGUAAUCUCCCACAUAUGGCCCUAAAAGCUAAUAGCUAGGGGAUAACUCACAAGUUUUAUAAAUAACUUUAUGAAAACUUGUUUCCGUUUUUGCUUUGUUUUUACGAAUAACUAUAUGCAAACAGAAGUUAUUCCCUAUUAACUUUUAGUGCCCUACCCGGGAGAUUAUAUGAUUCAGCAUAGUAUCAAAAGAGAAUCGUUAGUUUGAAUUUCAAACGUUUUCUAACCUCAAAUACCCUGCGAGCCACGCCGUGUUUUUUUAGAACUCUUGGGAUAUUUGAAUUUCAGCACACCAAAAGCUAAAUGUAUUUUUUUUAUCCUAAAGAAAAAAAAAAUACUUUGAACCACCAAGAAAAAAGUAUUGUUAUAUCCUAAAUAAAUUUAUUAGUAGCUGGUUUUCUGAAGAGAAUGUAAUAGAAUGGUACUUUUAAAGAAACACUGGAACUGAUACCCUUGUGCAAGCUUUUCGGCCUUUUGAAAUAUUCGUAGCGUAGUUAAUAUGAAUGCACUCUAGAUAGGAAAAGGGCGAAAGUUUCGAUUUAAUGAAAGUGGAUUUUAUGUGAAGAAACUGUAAAAAUAUAAAUCGUUAAACCGUCGUUUGUUAACCAAAAUAACGUAAUGAACAUGUUUUUCUUGUAACCCUAUAUUUGAAUCUUGAUGCUUAUUGAAAUGAAAAGCCCACCAAAUUCUUCAUAAGACCUUUAUGUUAUGAAAUAAGAACUAUAUUUACCUAAUUUUAAAAAUGUAUCCUAAUAAUUCUGAUAUAAUUCUUUAUUAAGGUAUAAAAAAUAAUCUUCUAUUCAAAACAUCUAAGAUUACACCAUACGUGGGUUCUAGUGCUUCUGGAUUGUUUGAUGAUUUUAAGAAUAUAUCUGAUUGUAUUGCAGUUUUAACCAUGGAAGAAUUAUAAAUCAAAGAAAACUGUAGAAAGAUAAGAAGAAAGCAAAAAACUUUCGUAUGUGUCCACCAAUGAAAUUCUUCCAGAAAGUUCAUUUUAAUUAAUAGAGUAUGCAGUUGUCAGACAUUCAAUGAGACAGAAAAUGAAAAGUGCAAAGCAGCUUAUGAUCUAAACGGAUGCUAUACGAAUCCAGCAAAUUUCAUAGAUUCCUCUCGUACUGUAGUGGGUCAUUUAAAAAUCCUAUCAACUUUGAGAUGCAAUCAUUCUUCAUUUUCGCUUUCAUUUAAAUGGAAAAUUAUUUCAGGCUGCUUACACUUGAAGCUUUUCCAUAUUUUUAUGGGUUCACACUUACAUAGCUUUUCAUAUAAUUUUCCACUUGAAAUAAUAUUUCUUGAAUCACAGGAUGGACUAAUAGUAUUUUUGCAAAUAAAACUGCAGAAAAUGGAUUUGUACAAUUUCUGGGACACAUCUGGUGGUUUGUUUUCAUGAUGAAUUAUGCUUAAAUAGGCCAAAUAACAUUAGUGUUUUCUUUAUACUCGUUUUAAAUGGCAUCUUUGAGCAUGGUUAAUCAGAGAGAAUCUAUACCUCUGUUAUGUCCAAUAUACUAUUAAUGUGCUUGCAAAGUAAGAAAAUACGAGACUUUAGUUCUAGCAAAUGAUUUAUAUCAAUAAUGUUGGUUUGUAUAUGCAUGCUGCUACGAGGUGCAUAUGCAAUGGUCAUAAUUGACCACACUGUACAUACUAGUAAUUUUAGUGAAUGUUUUUAUUUAUUUAUAUGGUAACCGAUUUAUUGUGGCUCUACAAUCUGGCAGUUAGGGUAUAUGAAAAAGUGCAUACUGCAAAUCAAGAACAAAAUGCUACCAAGAACAGUAGUUACAUUUCACUUUGAGCUAAGAAUUUGUAAAAGCAACGUCUUCAAGCAUUUGAAGCACUUAAUGCAAGCUUUAUUGUCCUCUAUAAUAUACGAGCCAAUCAACAUUAUCAAACAUUGUGAUUAAAAAUGAAUAAAAUUAUCCCAUAUCAAACAAAAUAUUCUGAUACUAUUUAAAGGUUUUCAUUACAAGUUUAGGUAGUGUUCUAAUUUAAGCAGGUUAGACCUUAAACUGCCAGAACACUAGGUAUGAUAAAGAUCCUCUUUAAAAAUCCAUAAAUGUCAUGGUUGAACCCUAGCAUAUAAAACAAUUUCGAAAAAUGAUUUUCGUUCAUUUAUACAACCUAUAUAUGAUUUGGUACGGCUUUGUUUUCUAUAGUUGCCAAUUUCGUUGAAGUGUUUGUUCUUGAAAACAAGCAGUUAAAGAGAAUUAGCUAAAUUACUGAAAAAAUCACAAAAGUAAUGCAGUCUAUCCCAGCCAGAGAACAAAAAUCCUAUAUUAUAUUUGAAUGAAGCAGGAUCGCUUUAAAACAGUUUUAUAUAAAAAAACAGGACAUUGUUUUGUUAUGUCAUCGCAAAUUCUAUCCCACCUCGUUUAUAUAAUAGACUGAUAUUUUAGGUAAAUUUUGUCUGUAAUGAAAAUUGUACGUAAUGAUAAUAAUAGGAGUAUUUUUAAUAAAAUGUAACUAUCCGCAUCAAUAAAUGUUUUAAUUUUGCCGUGA